GUAGCUAAAGUACAUUUUUGGUAGCUGGAUAAAAAAUAAUUAAUAAAUCAGAUCUUGCUCAGAUUUGAAAAUGGCUGAUCUGGCAAUAUUGAUGAUAGAGUAAAUAUUUCAUCGAGCAUGCGUACACCGACCCAACAACUAUUCCAGAACAUUUCUGUUCUUUCUUUUACCCCCUCCAUUACCUAAUCCAACCUAACUUGUUAUUGACGUGAGACACGUGUGACCGCGGUCUAUCUCACUCCUGUUCGUCGUAGAUCCUAGGACGGACCACGUUGUCGAGUUCGUUACCGAAUUUAUAUAAAAUAUCUGCUUAUAAUCAGGGAAAGUGUUUCCUAACUACAUAUGGUGCAAGCCUAGAUCAUCCGUGUUUGCACUGUCCUGUAAAUAUUGACGAAGAGGGGAAUUAUCGAGUCGCAAUUGUGCGUGGUCAUCGAUCACACCUUCUAGAACGAUGGAUUCGAAAGUGUGCAAGAAGGAUCCCCUGCAAGCUGUCGUUCUCACAGACGACUUCACGACGAGCAUGACUCCUUUGCAAAAAUUGUACCCGAGUAUCUUGAUGCCUGUGAUAAGCAGACCGCUCCUUGAUUACAUGAUGGAGACCCUGGAAAGGUCGAAGGUCGAAGAGAUAUUUCUCUAUUGCAGCAGUCACGUGGACUCGCUGAAGGAAUAUGUGGAACAUGCGAAGAAGAAGUUCCACCGUAUCGCAAUCUCUCUGAUUGUCUCGGAUGACUGCAGAUGUCUCGGAGAUGCUCUGAGAGAUAUCUAUGGGAAAGGCUGCCUCAGAGGAAACUUCAUAUUGCUUCGCGGGAACGCAUUCACGAAUACAAAUCUUCGAAAUUUAUUCGACUUGCAUCGUUCUAAAACUGAGAAGGACAAAGGGGCGGUUAUGACUAUGGUACUGCGUAACGUUGGCCCCACCAAGAACACCCUCCUCGAUGAGGAGACAACAUUGGUUGUUUCCAACAAGACCGACGAUAGGAUUCUGCAUUAUGAGAAACUGAAGAACCAUGAGAAGAAGGUGAAGAUGAAGAUUAGCUGGUUCCUAAAUCACGACGAGGUACAAGUCAGUACGUCUUUCCUGGACACGCACGUAUACAUGUGCUCGCCGUCUGUCCUGUCACUCUUCGCUGACAAUUUUGACUUUCAGACUAUGGAUGAUUUCAUCCGAGGAGUGGUGAGUGACGAUGUUUUGGACUCGAGUAUCUAUUACGAAGAAUUAAACCCGGAAGACUACGCUUUAGCGAUACCCUCGUGGAAGAUUUAUCAUUUGCUAACUAAGAACGUCAUGGGCAGGUACAGUUACCCUCUCACACCGGACUGUCUUCUCUCCGCAACGGACAUUGUAUACAGCCCGCUGAAUAGCUCGUACAAACACAAAAGCGCCAUUCUUUCUAAAGGCUGUCUUCUGGAGCAGAAAUGCUUCAUAGGACAGAAUAGUACGUUGGGAGACCACACCACGGUUAAUACGUCUGUAAUCAUGAAUAAUUGCGUUAUAGGCAGUAACGUUCUUUUAUGUGACAGUUACGUCUUCCCGAAUGUCAAGAUCGAAGACAACUGUACCGUCACGAACAGUAUUCUGUUUCCGAAUUGCGUGGUCAGAAAUGACAGUAAGAUAGACGAAUGUAUACUGUGCCCCGAGAUUGAGGUCGAGGCUAACAGCAAGUACGCCGAUGCCUUUGUCGAAUCUCCCGGUGAAUUAAGCACCACGCUGUCGGGGCUGAAUGGCAAAGAGGGCUUUUACUAUUUCAAGAGCAACGUAGGGGUCGAGAGUGACGACAGUUCGACCGAGUCGUCGAGCACCGAGUGUUGCAACCCGGUGGACGACACGAAUAUGUUUCUGUCCGAGGUGAUUGACAGUUUGUUACGCGGCUAUCAGGACAAGUUGAAAUGCGAACACUUGAUCCUCGAGAUCAAUUCGUCGCGAUACGCUUACAACGUCUCUGUCCGUGAGGUGACGUACAACGUCGUCAAAGGGAUCCUGCUUCUGCCGUUGCAUUAUCUCGCCGAGAUCAAUGAACCGGUCAGCAAUAAGAGCUACCAGAAGCACUUGAAAGCUGUUAUAUCUUACUUCAAGCCGAUCAUUCGGAAUUACGUUAAGAACACGGACGCACAGGAUGACUGCCUGCACGCGAUAGAGGACGUUGCAAGCACGACCGACGAAACGCUGCCGUGUACGUUGUUCCUUUUGCACGACUUCUACGAUUGUGACAUAUUGUCGGAGGAAAAGAUCUUGGAAUGGUACGAGUCCGAGGUCGAGGACCUGGACGUGCGCCGAAAGAAAGUUAGGGACGCCGUUAAGUCUUUCGCAAUAUGGCUGCGAGAGGCGGAGGAGGAUUCCUCCGAUAAUGGCGAUUCCUAAUCGCUCUCUCUCUCUCUCUCUCUCUCUCUUUACUAUGUGUGUAACAAUAUGUCAGGAAACAUUUUGUAAUUCUCUUCGGAAAGUUCCAGCAUUUUUACGAAACCGUCGAGAACCGAUAAAUCUAUCGACACGCGAUGUUCGAAAUAAUAUCGCGCGCAUCUCUCGGCCGGGACGGUAUUAGAAUCGGAUGGGAAAAUUUUACAUACACGUAUAUCACGCUUAGCGAGCGUGUCGAUAUAUUUAUCAGUGAUACAUUUAAUCCGUGUGAAAUAGACUGACAUAUUUGGUUAAUAUGUAACGUGCGUCAUUUGGAUUCGUAGUUCAUCGGCGGAUGAAAUCUUAUAUGGAUCAGGCGAGUUUCAUUUCUGAAUUCUUAAAAUAUGAGUAUCGUAACACGUUGAUUGUCGAGCGAUAAUAUUCUAAUAGGGGAGACCGGCAGCUGAAUUCCUGGCAUUACACACUCGGCAUUGUUAGGGCAUAUCGAGCUCGUUGUCAUUCGAUUAAAGGGCCAUCGUAUAAUUCUCGUAUAAUAAUCGCUAGACGAAAACUGGCCCGUGUCCCAUACACGCUAUUCUAUGCCGACAACCAUAGACUCGGUAUGGGUCGCGGCUAUUUUUUAUUAGUUACUUAUCAGUUACAGUUCUGCGGAAUAACAUCUCCGAAGAUGGCGAUGAAUUUGUAUUCGGAAAUAAAACAAUCUAAAUGAGAGCAAA